AUAGAGAAUCCAGAAAACACCGCAGUUUUAGUAGCCUACUAUUUCUAAACUGCAUAAAAUGCAAUCUGAAUCCUUUAGUAUAGUGAUGAUUUAUGAUUAUCGAGUAAAUAGAAAGAAGACAUAAAGCAGAAACGACGACGCCAUUGUCAUUGAAGUUCCAUCUCUCUGCCAACUAAUUUACCAGGCAGAAAAAAGCAUAUCUAAAGUCUUUUUCAUGGGAGAGGAAGAUGCAAAACCUGUUGGAGAAUCAACGUCUUCGAAACUCAGCUCGGAUCCAGCCGUGGAAGUUUCUGUUCCCGUGGAGUCGGCUAAAGCUGCAACUCCUCCACCGCCGCUAGCGCCUCAGCCGUCUUGGUUCACUCCUAAAAGGUUGCUUUGUGUUUUCUGCGUGAUCAACAUACUAAAUUAUUUGGAUCGUGGAGCCAUAGCAAGUAAUGGUGUCAAUGGAAAGCGCAGAACUUGUAAUAAAGAUGGUGCAUGUACAUCUGGAAGUGGAAUUCAGGGUGAUUUUAACUUGAACAACUUUCAGGAUGGUGUUGUAUCAUCUGCUUUUAUGGUUGGACUCCUUGUGGCAUCACCAAUAUUUGCAUCUUUUGCCAAAAGAGUCAACCCAUUUAGGCUUAUUGGAAUUGGACUGUCAGUUUGGACCAUUGCAACUGCUGGAUGUGGGUUUUCAAUUAAUUUCUGGUCAAUAACAAUUUGCCGCAUGUUUGUUGGUGUUGGCGAAGCUUCUUUUAUAAGUCUUGCUGCUCCAUUUAUUGAUGAUAAUGCCCCAGCUGCUCAGAAAACAGUAUGGCUUGGAAUAUUCUACAUGUGUAUACCAAGUGGGGUUGCGUUUGGCUAUGUGUAUGGUGGACUGGUUGGAAGCCAUCUAACUUGGCAUUGGGCAUUUUGGAUUGAAGCAAUUUUGAUGUUUCCCUUUGCUAUUUUAGGCUUCGUGAUGAAACCAUUGCAAUUGAAAGGGUUCUCUCCUGCUGGAUCAAAAAAGUUGACAACUUCUGUAGCUGCUGGUUCUCGAGAAAAUGUUGUUUCAAAUGGGGAAGGUGGUUCAUUGCCUAGAAGUGAAUUUCAAGAAACUUCUAAAGCUUCCGGGUCUUCAAAUCAGUUUGUCGAAUUUUUCAAAGAUUUGAAAGCUCUUUUGGUUGAAAAGGUUUUCGUUGUGAAUGUUUUAGGAUAUAUUGCAUAUAAUUUUGUAAUAGGUGCAUACUCCUAUUGGGGACCGAAGGCUGGUUACAGCAUAUACCAUAUGGGCAAUGCAGAUAUGGUAUUUGGUGGCAUUACAGUUGUAUCUGGAAUAGUGGGAACUAUAGUUGGUGGCGUUGUUUUGGAUCGUAUGACCUCCACCCUAUCCAAUGCUUUCAAGCUUCUCUCUAUCGCAACAUUUUUCGGGGCAAUAUUUUGCUUUGUUGCCUUUUGCUUUAAAAGCUUAUAUGUGUAUAUAGCUCUGUUUGCAAUUGGAGAACUGCUUGUGUUUGCCGUUCAGGCUCCUGUAAAUUAUGUUUGUCUACAUUGUGUCAAGCCGAGUUUGAGACCGUUAUCCAUGGCGAUGUCCACUGUAUCGAUUCACAUAUUCGGAGAUGUCCCUUCUGCUCCUCUUGUGGGGAUUCUCCAGGAUCAUGUAAACAAUUGGAAGUUUACGGCUUUGGCUUUGACAUCCAUUCUGUUCCUGGCUGCUAUAAUUUGGUUUAUAGGGAUCUUUCUUCAUAGCGUGGACAGAUUUGAUGAAGAUAGUGAGCAUCCAAUCCCUAUAGUGGAGAAAUCAAACACAACGUCUCUCCUCGAGGAAAUUACGACGAUGGCGACAAAAAGAACAGAGGCUUCUGCUGAUCCCUAGUUACUUGCAGGAAGAUGAAGAAGAAGCAAAUUCAGCAUUACAUUCUUUUAUAUACUCCCAGCAUGUAAAUAAUGUUUGGCAAUUGUUCAUUACAUUAUCUUGUUCAAAUUUUGAACAAUUGAUAGUGCUAAUUGUUUUUAAUGAAGCAGCCUCGGCAUCUUUUGUAUCAAAAGUUUCUGAACUUUCAUCUUC